CUACCAAUUGCAGAACUACAAUAGAAAGUUCAGGCAGUCAAAACCCUCACUGAACUGAACACUUCCCUAGCCAGCUCCUCCUCCUCUCCUUGUCAAUGGGGGUUCCGACUGGUAAACCCACCGUCCGCAUCUUCAACAUUCCCCAAUCCGCCACCGCCAAGGACCUCCUCGCCUUCCUCAAGUCCACAUUUGGUCCCUCCUCCAUCUACGCCCUCGAAAUCUUUUCCGAUUACUCCAACUGGAAGUCUCGCGGCUCCGGCCGCGUCCAGUUCGAGGACCUCGCCACCAAGUCCCGCGCCCUCUCUCUCGCCGAAUCCCAGAAGCUCAUCUUCAAGUCCCACUUCCUCCGCCUCUCCGAAAACUCCGAUGAUAUCAUCCCCCGGCCUCCGCUCCCCCAACACCGCCUCAACAACACCAUCCUCAAUGCAGGCUUCACCGUCGGACCUGACGAUUUUGUUAUUCUCGACACCUGGGAUGGUGUUCAGGGGUGGAUCAUGCCAGAACGGAGGAAACUUGAAUUCUGGGUCUGGUUCCAAGGGGAGUGUUACAAGCUUGAAAUCCCUUUUGAAGAUAUUUUGGAGACUGUUGGCUAUGCUUCUGGUGAUGAUGGUAAACCCCCAGAUGCCCUCAUCUUGAAGCUGAAAUAUGGGCCAAGGAUAUAUCAGAGGAAAUCAGGGCCAGAUAUAGCCUCCAAGUUUAAGGCUGAUAGGUACCAUUUCUGUAAGGAUGAUAUCGAGUUUCUUUGGGUGCGAACAACAGACUUCUCGCCCAUCAAGUCGAUUGGGCACUCCACAUCGUUUUUUUGGGAAAUUGACGAAGAAUCAUCUUCUUUGGAUGUUUUUCAAAGUUUUCCAUUGUACAGAGUAAGUCUGAAAGAUCUAAAUCUGGAUCAGAAAUAUUCAUGCUCUGCCACAGAAACAGUUCCGCUGGUGAAAUGUGGUCCUGGUUCCAAGCUUCCUUAUGAGGAUCUUUUCCAAUUGAAUUGCCUUGUCCAUACUCAGAAAAUCAGUCUUGCUUCAGUGAAUGAUGAAUUGAUUGCCUUGUUUGGAAGCUUAACUGAUGAAACCAAAGCCAUGGUUUUUCAGAAAUUGCACAAACUGAAUUCAACUUGUUAUGAUCCCUUAGAAUUUGUGAACACUCAAUUGCACGUGCUGAGCAGCAGAAGAAAAAGGCAUCUUCCAUCAGCGCAGAAAAGGUUGGCAGAUAACAACAUAAUGAGUUGUCAUAGAGCACUGAUUACCCCAACGAAGAUUUAUUGCCUUGGACCGGAGCUUGAAACCUCAAAUCAUGUGGUAAAGCAUUUUGCACAGUAUGCUUCGGAUUUCAUGAGGAUUACUUUUGUUGAAGAGGAUUGGAGUAAGCUUCCAUCUAAUGCGGUAUCAACUACUGUACACAAGGGAAUCUUCUCAAAGCCUUUUAAAACUGAAAUAUAUAAGCGGAUAUUGACUAUUCUUCGAGAUGGGAUUGUGAUUGGAUCAAAAAGAUUUGAGUUUCUAGCCUUCUCUGCUAGUCAACUGCGGUCAAAUUCCGUUUGGGUAUUUGCUUCUAAUGACCAUGUGAAAGCAGCAGAUAUCAGAGAAUGGAUGGGAUGUUUCAACAACAUUCGUAGUGUUUCUAAAUGUGCAGCAAGGAUGGGUCAGCUGUUCAGUUCUUCCAAGCAAACUUUUGAAGUCCUUCCUCAAGAAGUGGAAAUAAUUCCAGAUAUUGAAGUGAACUCUGAUGGUGUAGACUACUGUUUCUCUGAUGGCAUUGGAAAAAUUUCCCUAUCUUUUGCAAGGCAAGUUGCUCAAAAGUUAAAAUUGGAUCAGAGUCGAAUUCCAUCAGCAUUUCAAAUUCGGUAUGGUGGAUAUAAAGGUGUUAUUGCUCUGGAUCGCCAUUCCUUUAGGAAGUUAUCAUUGCGCGGCAGUAUGCUUAAGUUUGAAUCCGACAACAGGAUGCUCUGUGUUACUAAAUGGAGUGAGUCAAUGCCUUGCUUUCUCAAUCGAGAGAUUAUAUCCCUGCUGUCGACCUUAGGGGUAAAAGAUGAGGCGCUUUUGGCUAUGCAACAGGAACAGUUGCAUUUGCUUGGAAGGAUGUUGACUGAUAGGGAGGCAGCACUGGAUGUUCUGGAAAGUUUGAGUGGAGUUGAUUCAAAAAGCAUUCUGGUAAAGAUGUUGCAUCAGUUUUAUGAACCAAACAGUGAGCCUUAUCUAUCGAUGAUGCUUAAGGCUCACUAUACGGAGCAAUUAUCUGAUUUGAAAAGUAGAUGCCGUAUAUGUGUUCCCAAGGGUCGACUCUUAGUAGGUUGCUUGGAUGAAACUGGUAUUUUAAAUUAUGGCCAAGUGUUUGUUCGCGUUACUGUAAAUAAAACUAUGGAAAAUUCUGGAGAUGAUAGCUUAAGGAAAGUGGAUGGUGAUGAUAGCACACGCAUAAUAGUGGGGAAGGUGAUAGUCACCAAAAAUCCUUGUCUUCACCCAGGAGACGUCAGAGUCCUUGAUGCUAUCUACCAUGAAGAAUUGGAGGAAAAUGGUAUGAGGGAUUGCCUUGUAUUUCCGCAAAAAGGACAUAGGCCUCAUCCAAAUGAAUGCUCGGGAGGUGAUCUUGAUGGAGAUUUGUUUUUCAUUAGCUGGGACAAAGAUCUGAUCCCGUGUAAAACCGAGGAACCAAUGGACUACACAGCAAGGAGGCCUCGGAUAAUGGACCAUAUGGUAACACUAGAGGAAAUCCAACAAUUUUUUGUUGACUACAUGAUCAAUGAUACUCUGGGCGCUAUCUCCACCGCACAUCUAGUUCAUGCUGACCGUGAACCAGAUAAAGCCAGGAGCUCAAAAUGUCUGGAGCUGGCACAGCUUCAUUCCAUGGCUGUUGACUUUGCAAAGACCGGUGCGCCUGCUGCGAUGCCUAGAGUUUUGAAACCAAGAGUUUUUCCAGAUUUCAUGGAGAGGUUUGAAAAGCCUAUGUAUAUCUCCAACGGGGUGCUGGGAAAACUUUACCGUGCCUUAGUUGAGUCAAAAUUGCAGGCAAGUUCUAACGUUGUCUGGUCAGAGAAGCUUGCUGAAGACGCAUAUGAUCUUAAUCUUGAAGCUAAUGGUUUUGAGGCCUUCCUUGAAACUGCAUCAAGUCACAAAGAAAUGUAUGCAGAGAAGAUGACCGCUUUAAUGAAGUUCUAUGGUGCAGAGACUGAGGAUGAACUGCUAACCGGUAACCUGCAAAACCGAGCUUCGUAUUUGCAGCGUGAUAACCGGAGGUAUACAGAUAUGAAGGAUCGGAUUCUGAUCUCGGUGAAGGAUCUUCAGCGUGAAGCCAAAGAAUGGUUUGAAGCUGAUUGUCAACAGCAUGAAUAUCAAGCUAUGGCGUCUGCAUGGUAUCAUGUGACCUAUCACCCAAAAUAUUACCAUGAAAGCUCCAGUUUCUUGAGCUUUCCGUGGAUAGUUGGUGACAUUUUGUUGCACAUUAAGUCUGUAAACAGUAAAGUACUCAGUUGAUGUCUCUAAUUAAUGAUAGUAAACUCAGUUGUUGGUUAGCUUUUCUUUCUUAAUGAUUGGCUUAACCACCUGUUAAUUCAUGAAUGUUUUCUCAUCCAUAAUUUAUAUUAUUAUGAGGUAUAUCGAUGGCUUA